AUGAUUCCGCGCUCGUAUUCAAGCGACGGCGCUAGAAAGUGGCUGUUUUUCGCACGAGAGGAGACCGAUCUGCUGGUGUUUACUGCUGUCGUAUCACUAGAGAUAAAUGUGAUCGCACAACUUCGAGUAGAUAAGGAUGCGCUGAAAGAACAUAGUGAUGAGCUGGGCCUUGAGAUGGAACCGGAAGCGUUUAAAAAGUUGCUGUUGAAAGCGUUGGAGCAGCGGUCUUGCGUAAGCGUUGAAACUGAACUUGACAAUGGCAUCUUGAAGGAGGUUUUUCUUUCUCUGACGUACAAGUUCAGCUCAUCGAUUUCUCGAAAAGGCCUCUUUCGACUGCAGAUUGUAGCGAAGGAGAUACCGCAAAGUCUGCUGGAGCUGUUGACGAGUAUUCAUGUCAACCCACCACAACCGAUGCUGUCGGAGCAGCAAAAAAUAGAACACGAGAGGGUGAAAGCUUUGGAUAUUUCCAAGAAGGAGGAAAUUGACCCUGCAUCUGUUACCCGAAACAGUCAGGAUACCAAAGACAUCUCGAUCGCAUCACAAAGCUCAAGAAAUGAAUCGACAACCAAAGUAAAUCCAAUGGUGCUCAAGCGACGCCACAUUCCUACAGGAACCAUGCGUCGAAGAGGCUCAAAGGGAGCUAAGUUAGCCAAAAAAUAA